AUGAAUUCGUCGAGUGGUCGACCUCCUCCGCCGUACAAUGGCCUGCCCCCGCCAAUUCCUUCUCAUCUCAACCAGGUCAAUGCUGCGAAAUGGCAGGCUGGGUACUGGCAACCCAAUCCACAUUACAAUCCCAUGCUUCACAGCGCGCAGGCAGCGCAGAUGAUGGCAGCAGCUGCCGCUCACAGUCGCAUGCAAGGUGAAGUCCUCACCUACUGA